AAAGGCAUGGAUCUUGGGCGAACAUAAUCUGCAAUCGAUUCACAUCACUGUAUUAAGAAAAAAUGAAUAUCCACUAUUCAUCAUCAAUAUUACAAAUGUUUAUAGCAGUAGAUAAAUAUGUUGCUAAGGAACGACUGCCAGUUUUCAAGUAGCAACAGGUUAGACCUGAAAACGAAUGAGAUAGCCGAUCAGUGUUUAUUUAGCCCUAGAGUUAAUUUCGCUUAACCGGUUCAAUUAUCAUUAUGUCUGAUGCUCCACCCGGAGGAACAGCUUUAUGUAUUGGUGAACAAUCAAUGGCAUUGGGGAGUAUAAAGAUUAAAAUUGGAGUUUUAGAAAAAGUUAGCUGACUGGAAGCUAUCUGAACAUUGGAUAAGAGCUACCUGUAUCAUUAUUAUUUCACGCCAGGUAUCAAAAUGCUGACAUAAGGGUUUCUGCUCUGUGAACAAUGUAAAGGCUGUAAUAUGUGACAUGGAUAGCUGCAACAAAGUCUAUGAAGCCGUGGCCAGCAAGAAGGAAUGCAGCAGGUUUUCUGACUCAUUAUGCCACCCCACAUCUUUGAAUAGGGCCUUAGACUCAUUUUAGACAGUUAUGUGAAGCUGUUGGAGACUAUGGUCAAACUCUGUUUGGAGAGGGUUUUUCCUGGAAGAUGAGAUGUGUAGCAGCAGGAUUUGGCUCCCUACCAUACCACCAGAGUCAGAAGUGGUUGUUGGAGAAUUUCUAUGACUUUACCAGUUCCAGUUUCUGGCUGCCUAAUUCCCCCGAUUGUAAUCCCAUGGAUUAACUGUGUGAGGUGCUGUUGAGAAAGGCACCAAUCACUCUACCUGCAACCCCAAGGUCAAGGUGGUGUUCGAAGAUCUUCCCAGGGGCUGAGUGAGAAACACAUGUACCAGGUUACAGAGCGAUAUUGAGGCCAUGGUGGAAGCUGAAGAAAUACCUACUAUUGACAGAGCUUAUAUUGUAAGUGAAAAAAGCUUAUCACUGAUAGCAAAACACAUUAAAAGCGGUUUGACUGUAAUUCGCUUAGGAAUGAUGUUAAAUAUUCCCAACACAGUUAUUUUACGUUAUCUGAUGAGUAUAUGUGGAAAGUAUGGUUUAAGAGAUGCAACUGAAAAAGAAGUUCAUCAAUUGGGAAAAAACUUACUUAUUUAUUGGCUCCGUAUGAAAGAACACAGCAAACAUAAAGAGAAAGCAUCUCUUCUUACAACAGCACUGGUUGAAUGCAGCCUUGAAGGAAUUGCAAAUAUUGUCUUAGAGAACUACAAUAACCAAACAGAAAUAACUGAUGACCAGUUUUUAAGGUAUCAAUAAAUAUUCAGUGUUCACUUACAA